AGUGCGAACCACCUACCUUAUGGUUUGCUCCAGCCUCUUCCUAUCCCUGAGGGUCGUUGGCAGUCCAUCUCGAUGGACUUUAUCGGUCCUCUUCGACCUCCGACCCCCCGCAGUCAUGAUGCUAUCCUGGUCGUCGUCGACCGCUUCACGAAGCGUGCACGCUUUGUUCCGUGCCGCUAUGCCGUCAGUGCACGUGAGGUCGCCGACAUCGUAUUUGACCGAGUCGUGCGUGACCACGGCUUACCUCUAAGCAUCAUAUCUGACCGUGACCCGCACUUUACCAGCCGAUUCUGGCGACGGCUCCACGAGGUGUACGGCACUCAGCGCCGAUUCUCCUCGUCUUACCAUCCUCAGACUGAUGGUCAGACCGAGAUCACGAACAGGACUCUCGUGGAUAUUCUCCGAAAGAUUGUUCGUGACGACCAGCAGUGGGAUCUCCAUCUUGCCCACGCGGAGAUAGCCUACAACCACGCCGUCUCGCCAGCCACGGGGAUGUCGCCUUACUAUUGCGACCUCGGCUAUCACCCGCGUGUUCCCGCGGACUUCCUUCGACCGUCCCAGAUGCACCCCGACACGAGUUGUUCCGCGCUGGAUGAUUGGGUUGCACACAUGACGUCGAUUAUGAAGACCGCACAUGAGCACAUAGUCGCUUCCCAGACUCGCAUGGCAGCACGUGCGAACCGAUCGAGGAUGGAUCACCCAUUCAAGGUCGGUGAUGAUGUGCUUAUCGACGCCUGCCACUUACAGCUCGAAGCGGACACGCUUCGCAAGUUUCGGCGUCGCUUUUUUGGCCCAUGCCGCAUCCUCCGGGCCGUCGGUUCUGAUACGGCAUCUAGCCCGGUCAGCUUUCGUGUGAAGCUGCCCGACUACCUACGCCAGGCUCGUGUGCAUGAUGUCUACCACGGCGCCGCCCAGUGGCUUUCAUUUCUUCAGAUGAGUCAUGACCUUCUCCAACAGAAGGUGGAUGAGAUGAGGCUGGUGGAUGAUGGGGGGAACGCACUGCCAUAUCUCACUGGCACACACCAGAGCAUGAUGCAGAGCCUUGUGCACAUUAUUACGAAGCUGGAUGAGCGGCCAGCUUCUUAUUUGGCAAGGUUUAUUGACCAACAACAGGCGGCGACUUUGAUGCGACAGUGCUACACAGUCUUUGAGGAGGGGCAAGCACUGUGCGCCGUGUCCAUGGAGCACUGGUAUGCUCAGUUAGAUCUGGAGGAGGAGGACGAUCCGCCAUCAUCACCCGCAACACCUACGCAAGUGGCAGGAUGUCCAUGCAUCGGCAUCAACAGAAACAACAACAACAACAAUAACAACAACAGCAACAACAACAUCAACAAUAACAACAACAACGGCAAUAUCGUUGCUGCUGCCGCCAGUCCCUUUCAUGGCGAUUCUGGCGACAACGGCAAUAUCAUUGCUGCUGCUGCCGGUCCCUUUGAUGGCGAUUCUGGCGAGAUUGGCGGCAUCAUCAGUCAUGACAACACCACCAACAACAACACCGGCAGCGUUGUUGUCGGUGCGAUCUCACGGUCGUGUGCUGAUAAAAAGAGGCAGCAACAACAACAACAGCAACAACAACUUCAAUACCGAUGACAACAACAACAGCAACAACGGUAUUGCAGAGGCCGCCAGUUUUGGUAACGGUGAUUUUGACACUGGCGUGAUCGGCGGUACCAUCAGCUACAACAACAAUACUGAUGACGGCAACGACAAUAAUAACAACAAUUACAACAAUAACAGCAACGACCGAAUCAUCAACAGGGCGGACUGGGGAAAUCAACAUCAACAACAACG